AUUAUUAUUUUUGUUGCAGUCACACCUUCAUCAUUCCUUCUCUUUUUGACUCCCAGUCUCAAAAAGUUCCUUUAUAUUCGUCUUGUCACUCUUCAAAUUCACACAUCAGUUAGCAUAAGCAAUAUCUCACUGGAUUUUCUUAGUGAAGAAGCUAAAAAUGAGCAGAUUCAGGAGAUUCGAGCUUGUUGAACGCUCACCAUCCUACUUUGUUGAAGAAACCUCCAUUUUCGAUCACCCAAAAACCCUUAAAAUGAGCCCACGUUUUUCUUCAUUUCCUGUCUUUGAAGAAGAUGAGCUUGACUUGACUCAGGACCUUUUAAACACUGUCCCAUCCCCAAUUUUUGAUCUCCUUUCACCAUUCAGUCAUUUUGAGAGUAUUACUGAUCUGAUCCAGAUCGAAAAAACCCCGUUCUACACCUCAACUCGCCAAGUCAAGCGCAGAGCUGGGCUUGGCUCGGAUUUCUACUUGCACUCGCUUUGUGAUCGGGUUUCAGCUUUGGAGCUGGGGUUUGGACGGCGGGUGAAGGCGGAGGAGAAGAAGAAGAAAAUCGGGGAGAGGAAGUACACAUGGACGGCGGAGAUUAAGAGUCCGGAGAAGGAAGGAGUUGAUAGGAAGUAUAAAUGGAUGGCGGAGAUCAAGGACUCGAAGGAUCAGAAGAAGGGUUUGGAGAAGAGUUACAAAUGGACGGCGGACAUCAAGGGGAAGGGCGAGGACUCCCCAAUUGAUCGGACGUACACGAUUAAAGUGUCAAAUGCAGGCGACAGUGAUGGAUCGGAGAAGAAAGAGACGAAGAAGAAGGAUGAGAAAGCGAAAGAGAAGGCAAAAUCGGCGGCGCCCAGAGCUCGCAUUGUUGAAAUUGAAGAACCAUCUGAUCAUGGGGCCGUUGUUUUAAGGCAGGCAUUUGCCAAGAGAGUGGAAAAAAGCAAGGGGAAGAGGAAGGUAUUGUCUCCACUGGAUGCAGCGGCAUUGAUACAGUUGAGCUUCAGGGCUUACCUUAUUCGUAGGUCACAGGCUCUGCGUGCGCUUCGGGAACUGGCCAUUGCCAAGACCAAGUUGAAGGAGAUUAGGGCCUUGUUCAACAACUUCUCUUAUCGUCGUCGCAUUUCCCACGAUGCAGAAGAGCGCCAGAGGUUCUCGGAGAAGAUCAUUGUGCUGCUUCUCACUGUUGAUGCUAUUGAGGGAGCUGAUCUGAUGGUUCGAUCUGCAAAGAAGUCUAUGGUGGACGAGCUGGAAGCAAUGCUCGAUGUUGUCGACCCCCAUCCUCCUGGAAAGUCUCUGUCCAUGAGGAGGAGGACAUUUGAUAUGCCUGAUGGUGCCAUUAAUAAGGAACUUGCAGCAGGCGUUGCGCAGGUGGUUCAAAUGAUCGAUCAAGACAUGAAUGGCCCUGAAAAAUUUGAAGCGUGCUUGUAAGUCCAGGUUUAAUGUUGGUGAGUCUGUUGUGGUAGGAAGACAUAUGUUUAUUAAGUAUCAGUACUAUGUUAUUCGGGCAACGGAUUUUAUCUGAUGAGAUUUUCUUUACCACCUGAGAGAGUUUAUAGUCUUCCUCCGUUUGUCUUUGUGUCUGUGGAUGCUAUAAUUAAUAACUAUGUUUUCCUUUUUAUCGUUUA